CACUGACAGUGAUUGCAUGGUGGCUACUUGACGGUAAAAAUUCUGCCAGCGCUUGCAGCGCUUUGUAGGUCAGUGUAGAACAGGAGCAAGUCUGGCAUGGCGUGUUGCCUUCAUAAGCAUCUAUCAGGGAUGGCCACCACCUCUGCCUCACUUGAUGCAAUGAGCCAUGGGGCGUCAACCAGUUAUCACCCCCAUCAGCCUACUCAACAACCUCGUUCACACUCUUCUGCAAAAAUCAUCAAUUCUAUUUCUGCACCCAGUCUCGCAGCAAGCCUGGGCUCCUUCAGCCCUGGUGUAGCUUUGCAAUUCAGACUGCACAAUGUGUUUAAAAAGGCUCCUCCGCCAGCACUUGCGAAGGGGGUGAUACGAAUGCUGUACCUAAGGGACUCAGGGGAUGGGCUGUUUGCAGCUGGAAAAAGGCCUCGCGAAUGGUCGAUGGCCCCAGCAGAGCCCUUUAGAUUAGUGGAAAAUGGCAUCUGGCAAAAGGAACGGGCGCAUCGGCUGUCCCGGUGGUCCACAGUCCCUCAAGCACAAGCGGCGGGUGCGGCACCCAGUCUGCAAGGGAGCCGGCAAAACUUGGACCUUGAUGAAGAAGAUGACUUCAUUGAUGACAUUCUAGAGGAGGAAGACGACGGGGACGAGGACGAGUAUCUCGACGACGAUGAUGAUAGCGAAGAUGGGGAUUUUGAUGACGAAGACCUGUUUGAUGCGGACGACGCCGCAGAGGAGAGCAGCUCGCGGGCCGAAGAGCAGCCGACCGCCAGCACGUCCUCCCGGCAGCCGCCCAUGCAACAGGCGUUAGGCUUUGAAAAAAGGAGAACCAAAAGGAACUACGUACCCGACCAGGAUGACGAGGACUUCAUGGCGGAGUCCUGGACUGCGGAGGACCAGUUCUUGCACAAAAAAUACCUAGUAAACUUUGGAAGAUUCACCUCGGAGAAAUGGCUGCCCCUUCACACGGCGGCAGCCUGCGGCCAGGUGUCAAACAUCCGAUACCUAGUUCAGCAAGGGGUCGACAUCGACGGGUUAGACAGGGACGGUUUCACGCCUCUCCACAAAGCGGUGAUGAACGUGCGCGACGCCGCAGUACGGCAGCUGCUCAGGCUGGGGGCCAAGGCGCUGCUCGUCGACCAGGACGGCGCCAGUCUUCUCCAUUACGCAUGCCAGGCGGGAAACGUGCCGAUUUGCAAAAUGCUCAUCCGGGCCAAGGUGCCCAUCAACCAGAAAGAUGACGACGGCUGGACUCCGCUGCACGUCGCCGCGCAGUCCGGACAAAGGACCACAAUACGGACGUUGCUGAUGAACGGGGCCGAUCCAAAGGCACGCAACCGGGACAACCUGACUGCUUAUGAUCUUCUAAAAGCGUACGGUCAGGGCUUCGGUUACGCGCCAGCCAAGAAGCUCCUAGCAAAGCCGCCAAACAGACGGGAUCUGCUGACCGGACGAGUACGAUGAUACGGAAGUUGAGUAGCUGCAUAGGUUGGAAGUGUCCCGAAUUACUGUAGGACGCAAGGCCAACGUAUUUCGACUGUAUUGAGGCUCUGUUCACCGUGACACCCGGGCCCAGGGCCUUACACGUCAUCUUGGACGUGCUAGCGACUCAGAACGCAACUAUGACACGAGCGGAGUGAAUGAGGUUGGACGGCCUGCGCCGACCCGUGUACGUCCAACGCGAUCAAGAG